CAUAAGAGUAGGCAGUUCGAUUGCGACAUUGGUCGGGUUCUUGUUGCUAGGAUUUCCAGUAGUGUUGGCCGGGUUUGAAGAAGUUGCAAGGGUACGCUGAAUUCUGGUGAUAAGAUCAUCAUCAUCAUUUAGAUCUUCUUCCAAAGAAUUUGUAAUGUUAUCGUUGGAUCGAGUAGCAGUACUAGUAAACUCUUCAAUGCGAGGUCGCUUUUGACGUUGUCGAGCUGGUUUUCGAGACUUGGAUGUCUUUGCAGGGACAUUAAUGUUGCGACCUGGUGAUUGUGGUUCGAUUUGCAAAUCUAGAAUGUCCGGAUCUGGUAGAUAUGCAUCUUCGGACUCGCCAGAGUCGGAGUCGGAGUUGGAAUCAGGGGUACAAGUGCGAUUGAGAGUUCGCUGGGUGUUAUCCGGGGUAGGUGGAGCGCCGGGCUGCAAAGUUGAGCAAGCAGUUCGGAGACUUCUAGUUUCUCGAGUUGAGGAAGUCUUUGGCGGAUUAGGUGAGGCCACAGGUUGGUUUUUCUUUCUUUUAGUUUUUGACGUUGUGAUUGUGGAAGCGAGUGGUGGAUUGGAAACCGGUGGUGGAGAAGGUAGUUUAGCUCCUGACCGAGUUCUCCUCAUGAUGGAUUAAACAAAAUAUAACAAGCGAUGAGUAAAACGGAAAAAGGAAAAGCCGUGAAUGAUAGGAGGUGGGGUCGAUUUCUUCUAGUAUUGGAUGGUAUUAAAUGGUAGGAUGUUGAACGGUGUAUGGUCUGAAAAUUG